AUGGAUCUUAAUAGUGCUAGCACUAUUGUUUUGCAAGUCUUGACCCAAGCUACUAGUCAAGAUACAGCAGUGUUGAAGCCAGCUGAGGAACAACUGAAGCAGUGGGAGACACAGCCAGGUUUUUAUUCAGUUCUAUUGAAUAUCUUUACAAAUCAUUCCCUGGAUGUGAAUGUAAGAUGGUUAGCUGUGCUGUACUUUAAAAAUGGAAUUGAUCGCUAUUGGAGACGGGUUGCACCACAUGCUCUUUCUGAAGAAGAAAAAACUACAUUGCGUGCUGGACUUAUCGCCAACUUUAAUGAGCCAGUGAAUCAGAUAGCAACUCAGAUCUCCGUACUAAUUGCUAAAGUUGCCAGGGUGGACUGCCCAAGGCAAUGGCCAGAACUUAUACCCACUCUUCUAGAAUCUGUGAAGGUCCAGGAUGAUCUUCAACAACACAGAGCACUACUUACCUUUUAUCAUGUUAUGAAGACCCUGGCAUCCAAACGGCUGGCUGCAGAUAGAAAGCUUUUCUAUGAUCUUACAUCAGGCAUUUAUAGUUUUGCAUGUUCCUUGUGGAAUCAUCAUACCGAUACAUUCCUCCAGCAAAUUUGUACAGGGGAUGAAGCUGGAGCCGCAAAUUCUCUAGAAAGAACCUUGUUGUCAUUGAAAGUGCUUCGUAAACUGACUGUCCAUGGGUUUGUAGAACCCCACUGGAAUGCAGAGGUGAUGGGCUUCCUACAUGCAGUAUUUGAACGGCUAAAACAAUUCCUGGAGUGUAGUAGAAGUAUAAGAGCAGAAAACGUAUGCAGAGAUCGUGUAGAAAAGACUAUAAUUCUGUUCACUAAAGUGCUUUUGGACUUCCUGGAUCAACAUCCUUUUUCAUUCACCUCUUUGAUUCAGAGGUCAUUGGAGUUUGCUGUAAGCUAUGUUUUCACAGAGGCUGGUGAAGGAGUUGUAUUUGAGCAGUUUAUUGUACAGUGCAUGAAUCUCAUAAAAAUGAUUGUAAAAAAUUACGCAUACAAGCCAUCCAAAAAUAUUGAAGAUAGCAGUCCUGAAACCCUUGAAGCACAUAAGAUAAAGACGGCGUUUUUCACAUACCCAACAUUAAUGGAAAUAUGUAGGAGAUUAGUCACUCACUACUCAAAGGAAGAAUUAACCAUGUGGGAGGAGGAUCCAGAAGGCUUCACUGUAGAAGAGACAGGAGGAGAUUCAUGGAAGUACAGUCUCAGACCAUGCACGGAAGUUCUUUUUAUUGAUAUUUUCCAUGAAUAUAACCAGACUCUUGCCCCUGUGCUUUUAGAAAUGGUUCACAGUCUACAAGGAUCUGCUAAUGUGGAGGAUACCAAUGCUAUAUUGAUUAAAGAUGCUGUGUAUAAUGCGGUUGGAUUGGCUGCUUAUGAACUAUUUGAUAGUGUGGAUUUUGAUCAGUGGUUUAAAAAUCAACUACUGGCAGAACUACAGGUUUCUCAUAACAGAUAUAAGCCAAUACGCCGACGAGUAAUUUGGCUGAUUGGACAGUGGAUUUCUGUAAAAUUCAAAUCAGACUUGAGGCCUGUGUUGUAUGAGACAAUUUGUAACUUACUUCAAGACCAGGACUUAGUGGUCCGUAUCGAGACAGCUACAACACUGAAGUUAAUCGAUGACUUUGAGUUCAGAACUGACCAGUUCUUACCGUAUCUGGAAUCCAUGUUUACACUGCUCUUUCAACUACUUCAGGAAGUAACAGAGUGUGACACCAAAAUGCAUGUUCUUCAUGUUCUGUCGUGUGUGAUUGAAAGAGUCAACAUGCAGAUACGACCAUAUGUAGGAUGCUUGGUUCAGUAUUUACCGCUCCUUUGGAAACAGAGUGAGGAGCACAAUAUGCUGCGAUGUGCCAUUCUAACUACCCUAAUCCAUCUUGUCCAGGGACUCGGAGCAGACAGCAAAAAUCUCUAUCCUUUUCUACUUCCAGUUAUUCAGCUCAGUACUGAUGUUACUCAGCCUCCACAUGUCUAUCUUCUGGAAGAUGGUUUAGAGUUGUGGUUAGUGACAUUGGAGAAUAGUCCAUGUCUUACACCUGAGCUCCUGAGAAUAUUUCAGAACAUGUCUGCCCUUCUUGAGCUGAGUUCAGAAAACCUCAAAAAUUGCUUUAAGAUCAUCAAUGCUUAUAUUUUCUUAUCAUCAUCAGAAUUUUUACAGAUGUAUGCAGCAGGCUUAUGCCAGUCAUUUUGUAGCCUUUUGAAGGACAUAACUACUGAAGGUCAAGUUCAAGUUUUAAAG